CAGGAGGAGGAGGAGGAGCACUAAGGGCGGCAAUAAAAAGUUUGCUUUGUUUCUGGGUGUCGACACAUUCUUGCUUUGCUCUCACACUCUCUGGCCAAAAACGCCUACCCUCCUGUUAGCCAGAAAACCCAAAAACGGUGUCGUCCUUGUCAGCCGCCUCUGGGCACUCAAUUAAGCCCAAUUCAACGUAACUUGAAAGCGACUACAGCAACAAUAGCAACAUCAGCAGGAGCACAUCGAGGAACAGCAGCAGCGCCAGCGCCAGUGCCAGCAUUAGAGCAGUGAAGCGACCACGCCCACGCAGCACACACACACAGAAACACAGCAACGUAGCAGGCAACAGCAACACUAACUACAAGUGGCAACGCCCACAGAAGGUGGGGGCGUGUGGGGCAUCGAGUUGAUGCCACAAUGAAACUGAGCGUGAGCGCGUAUCGGGCGCAUGCAUCCGCACACAAGAAGAUCCUCUCCAGCGGCUAUCACUCACAGCUCAAUUACGGCAGCACUGGAGCAGCAGCAUCCUCCUCGUCAUCGGGGGCCACUGCAACGGGCCUAUAUACGAUGGAAACGCACGAGCACGGCGAGCAUGGCACUGGGAAGUUCGUCAAGGAUGUGGCACGCCAGAUUCACGACUGCAAUAGCGAUACGGAUGUCAUCAGUCCAACGGGGACCAGUAGCUCUGGCGGUGGCGGUGGUGCUGCCGGUGGCGCAGCCACAGGCGAAAGCUCUGGAGGCCAUCACAAGCGACACCAUAAGAUGGCCCAUGACGAUGAUAACCACAGUGCGCCGCAUUCCUCGGAUAGCAAGAGUCCCAGUCAGCGAAACAAACCAAAAAUGAAAAACUUUGGAAACUCGUUUAGGAAAUCGCGUAUCGGAGAUGGAGCUUCAGAUCCAGAUUCCGAUUGGACACGAUCGAACCAACGCUGGAUGAAGCUGCGCACCACUGUGCAAAUCUCGUCGGCGAUACAGAAAAAACCACCGCUCAAGCGAGAAGACUCCUUCCUGAAGCGUUUCUCGACUAGACAGAUACCCGAAACACAGGAAACUGUUGAAGAUACGGGUUCAGAAAGUGCCUCUGGUGACGUCGACAAAAGUGUUAAACGAAGACGACGCUAUCUGCAGAAACGACGAUCCGUUGUUAAUCCAGAUGAAAAUUUUUACUUUUAUUGGCUAAUGAUGGUAACUGUAUGUGUUCUAUAUAAUCUAUGGACCCUUAUUGUGAGGCAGAGCUUUCCUGAACUGCAGCAAUCUGUGCCUACCUUUUGGCUCAUCUGCGAUUCGAUGACAGAUGUUGUAUUUAUCUUAGAUAUAAUAGUUCAAUUACGCACAGGCUAUCUCGAGCAGGGCCUAAUGGUAUAUGAUGACAGGAAGCUGGCCUGCCACUACGUUCACUCGCGUGAUUUCAUCUUCGAUAUGAUUGCGCUGAUACCAUUGGAUCUGUUGCAGCUCAAGAUGGGCACCCAUCCGCUUUUGCGUUUUACGCGCUUUUUUAAAGUUUAUCGAUCUGUGAGAUUUUAUUACAUCGUAGAGAGUAGAACAGUUUGGCCAAAUUUAUGGCGCGUUGUUAACCUAAUUCAUAUCCUGUUAAUAUUGGCACAUUGGUUUGGUUGCUUCUAUUUUUUACUCUCCGAAGCGGAGGGUUUCCAGGGUGAUUGGGUGUAUCCCUACAGGCCGGGUGACUAUGCCACUCUAACGCGCAAGUAUCUGGGCAGCCUCUACUGGUCCACCCUGACGCUGACCACCAUCGGGGACCUGCCAACGCCCGAGACGAAUGCAGAACCGAACUUUUCGGUGGACGGCCCAAGAUCAAUACCUAGACGUGGCAUUAAAUCACGACUGCUACAGUUUGGCUCUAGCUAUGGAUAUAUUUUUACGAUCGUUAGUUAUUUGAUUGGUGUUUUUAUCUUUGCGACAAUUGUUGGACAAGUGGGCAAUGUGAUAACGAAUCGGAAUGCGAAUCGACUGGAGUUUGAGCGUCUUCUGGAUGGGGCCAAGACCUACAUGAGGCAUCACAAGGUGCCGGGUGGGAUGAAGCGUCGCGUGCUGCGAUGGUACGACUAUAGCUGGUCGCGGGGGCGGAUACAGGGUGGCGGGGACAUUAACACAGCUUUGGGUCUGCUGCCCGAUAAGCUGAAAACCGAAUUGGCCCUACACGUGAACCUAAGUGUGCUGAAGAAGGUGACCAUAUUUCAAGAGUGCCAGCCUGAGUUUCUGCACGAUCUUGUGCUCAAAAUGAAGGCCUACAUCUUUACGCCGGGCGACUCCAUUUGCCGCAAGGGUGAGGUGGCGCGCGAGAUGUUCAUCAUUGCCGAUGGCAUACUGGAGGUGCUCAGCGAGACGGGCAAGGUGCUGACAACCAUGAAGGCUGGCGAUUUUUUCGGCGAAAUCGGCAUCCUCAAUCUGGACGGGCUGAACAAGCGCACUGCGGACGUUCGUUCCGUGGGCUACUCGGAGCUCUUUUCGCUUUCGCGGGAGGAUGUGCUGGCUGCCAUGAAGGACUAUCCGGAUGCGCAGGAGAUCCUGCAGACGCUCGGCCGCAAGCGGCUCAUGGAGGUGCGUUGCGUGAACAAAAAGUAUGCGAAGGCGGCACUCGAGAAGGAGAACGCGGCCUAUGCGGCGGCCCAUCCGCACCACCAUCAGGCCCAUCACCAGGGACAGGUGCACCAGAGCGAUAGCAGCGAGAAUAGUGCAUCCAAGAAAAUUGUGGAUAAGCUGAAGCACGAUGUGAAGGGCUUUCGUAAUGUGCUGAAGAAGUCCAGAACCUCCCGCAAGAGCGACGAAUCGCUGGAGAUGCAGCCGCUGCACAACACCUCGCCACGCGGCAGCAAGAUUAUGCUGAAGCGCAUGUCCCGCGUGCGCUCCGACGAGAAGGAUGCAGACACAGCCGAGGCGAAGGAUGAGCUACACGACAAGACACCCAGUCCGAUUGGGGCAGGUCUCCCAUUGCUGCAGCGCUUGCGGCUGCUCAAGGAGAAGCAGGAUCGCGAAGAGCGAGCUGUUAAGUCCACACCACCACAGAAAUCUCCACCUCACUCACAUGUAACGUGUACGUUAUCGCCGCAGGAAUCGAUACAGGAAGAGCCCGAACGAGAGUUCAACGAGGGCUUUCCCCUGAUCCAGCGAUUGCAGCAAUUGAAAAUUAAGAACGAGCCGCAAGCGAUCGCCGGUCCUGAUUCCGGCCUCGUAAUGGUCAAGACGCCUCCUAGCAUCAGCAGCAAGAUUGACUUCGGAGGAGCGGCUGCCGCAGCAGCAGGAUUGGGAGCAGGACUCCCCUCGGGCAGUCAGCUGCUGACAGUGGCACAGAUAAAGCCCAUGAUGAAGGUAUCAUUCAAACAGAAGAUCCAGCAGAUGCAGGGCGGUGGGGCAAGUGGAUCCUCGCCUGGUCCCAGUACCGGAGCGAUAGCCAAGAAGGAGCCGCCCAAGUCGCUGCCUCUGAUUGCCAAGCAUGCCACAGCGUUGUCCCUACCACCAGCGAUCGUGGGCGAGGAAGCAGCAACGGGGGGAGUGGGAUUGGGAUUGGGAAUGGGAUCGGGUGGGGGAGUAGGACCUGGCCAAGCCCUGGCCAUAGCCACGAUAUCGAAAAAGGUGACCAAACCGUCGUACAAGCUUAACACGCCAAUGCAAUCCGACACGGACACCGACGGCACGCCCAUCUCCAAGCCCUGGUCCAAGCUGAAGCUGGCGACUCUCAUGUCCUCCAGCUACACCAGCCUCACCAACUGCUCGCCGGAUGACCUGGCCACGCCCCUGAAAAACUACUCGCUGAGCAACAUACCCCAGCAGAUGGAGGCCACCGCCCAGGCCCAGUCCCAGUCCCUGUCCCGUCCGCGUCACCACAGUGCCAGGAGCAGCUCCAGAUCGCCCAGACACGCCCAUGGUCAUGGCCACGGGCACGACUCCACCACCAGCAACACGAGCUCUUCGGCCAGCCAGGCGAGCACCAAGCGGGAAUGCCUGCGCCUACAAAAGCCCGAGCAGCAGCUGCCGGAUGGAGAGCUGGCCGAGCCGCGACGAAAGUUCUACCAGAGCGUGUUCGACCUGUCGCCGGAGUACAAUGGUUUGCCGUUUGUCAAGCGUCUGAAGAUCCUCAACGAGCGCCAGAAACUGGCGGAGCUGGAGAAGGCCCUGCAGACGCGAAGUUUCAGCCUGGACUGCUCCAAGUCCGACCAGGGAGCGAAUCUGCCCAUCACGGAAUCGCUCUACCGAUGCUACAGCGACACCUCCGGUAUCUACUCACAGUUUCUCAGUGCCUACGAGUCCACCACCAGUUCAACAUCGAUAUCCACCAAUACAUCCGCGUCUGCAUCGGCAUCGGCCUCUGCAUCAGCAUCAGCAUCGGACACCGGAAACUCCCGGCACGGACAGAUGCAAUAUGUGCCGCUGCCCCUCAGCCCAGAAUCGAAUGAAACCGUCGAACGACGCAAGCUGAAGAGCAUACUCAAGAAGCUGCAGAAGGGCGGUGCCAAUGGAGGAAGCGGUGGCAACGGCAACGGCAACGGCAAUGGAAGCGGCGGAGUUGAUGCCCAAGACGAGGCGACUGCCACAGCCACAGCCACGACGCACGCACACGCGUCGUCGAGGGGGCUGCUGGCGGAGCCGACCUUGGAAGGGUACGUGGCUAGGCACAGUAAGCUCUUGAAGAGUGUAACCUUCCAUUCAACUCUUUCCAGCCCGCCCGCCAGUGCCAAAGAGGAAGGUCAGUUCGCUGCCUUUGGCGGCGCUACCGGCGUGGCUCAUUCGCACGCGAUCGCGAUUAGUCCGAGUAACGGUAACGCAAACGGUAAAGCUAACGGUAACGGUAAAAGCUCGUCCAAUGCUAGCGGUAACGGGAUGGGUAGCGCACCUUUCACUACCAAUCCAACGUAUCCGUUUCCGAUCGCGGUUCCACUUCCUCUUCCGGCUACGGAGACACGCAUCUGGUCGCCGACGUUGACAUUGAAUUCCCCUCAAGAGAGUUUCGCGCUCGAGCUGCAGUCUCAGAGUAAAUCUCAAGUGCAGCCCCAGCUCCAGUUUCCGCCUCCACCUGCAGCUGAGGGCAGUGAUGGCAGCGCCAUUGGAGCAACGGCUUCAUCAUCAUUAUCAUCAUCCUUAUCAGCAGCAGCAGCAGCUGGAGCAGCAGAAGCAUCGACAUCAUAUGUUGUCGAAUGCUCAUCUUCGUCGGUGUCAUCGAAAUCGAAUCAGAUACUCUCACAGAAUACCGAAUUUCAUGCUCAAUCCACAACAUCCACAGAUUUGAAUUUGAAUUUGCAGCUCAGACAGAACACCACCACCUCGAACACAAACAAUGUGCUGGCUGGUGGCAGCCAGGGGCUUCGGCCCGAAGGAUUUCCAGAAGCGCAAGACUACUUCAAUCAGAUACUCAGCGGCAUCAAUCACGUAAUCAAGACGCACAUGAAUGAGAUGCACUCGAAAUUCGAGACGCAAUUCUCGAGCAUGGCCGGGGAGGUGCACCGUCGCGAUGCCAUCAUUGCCCAGCUCCAGAUGAAGCUGCGAUCCAUCGAGCAGAAGUCUUCUUCAGCAGCCUCAUCCUCGGCUGCAGUCCCAUCCUCAGCCCUGGCCAUAGCCCGCCGGCAGAAGCGGGAGAAGCUCUCACAGCUCUCGGUGGACGACGAUGAGCCAGCGGAGGAGGACAACAGUAGUUCGGGCUCCUCCGCAGAGCUUCUCUUUAUGCGCGGCGACUCUCUGGACACGGUGUUUACCUCUUCGCCACCCAUUCAGGGCGGGCGACGCAGUAUAUCGCCUCACCCAGGUCCGAGUCGGCAUCAUGCCGCUUCGGCCAACGCUCUCAACUGUCCCAGCAACUACUACAGCGGGCCGGGCACGCUGAGUACGCGGCAUGCGCAAAGCCAUCCAAGCUUCUAUACGGGGCAGGGGAAUGGACGCAGCAGCAGCAGGGGAUAUCGCGAGUGGAGCGGAGCCGCUGGCGAUGGCAGAUUCAGUGGGGCGGACGGUAGCGUGCCCAGCGGCGUGGUGGUGUCGGACGUGACGGGCAACCUCACACGGCUCUCGGAUAGCGUGAUCCUGGACAUUGGUGAGAGCUCCAGCUCGAGCUCCUCGUCGAGUAAGCUGAACAUUGCGGAAGAGGAGGAUGACGAGGAUGAAGAGGAAGCGGAAGCGGAAGCGGAAGCGGAAGCGGAAGCAGAGGCCGAGGCGGAUGAAGAACUCACCGCCAGUGGGCCCGGCAAUAACGAUUGGGAGGUGCGAAUGCUGGCCGCCGAGAUGGAGCGGCAGGAGCGCAAGCGCGGACACUCACUAUCCGACAAUCUUGGCGAUCUGAAGCACUGCAGCACGUUCCUGAGGCGCCGCCGCAAAUUCAGUGACACCGAAACGGAGUUCAGUGAAACGGACAUGGACGAGCAGUUGGCCCGAGGCUCAGGCUCCGGCUCAGGACACGGCACCAGCACCGGCCCCGUCGGUGGCGUAACUGGUGAGGCGCCUGCAGCAGGAGCUGGGUCCACAUCCAGCGGCAGCGGCACCCAAAGUGGCAACCAGCGGCCGAGGGCUUCCAGUCUGGACCAGUUCAACCUGCGCUACGGCAUCGGGCGUGGCAUCUUCAAAGCAAUGAGCAUCGAUCGUGAUAAAGACAAGCUUUGAGAACUAUAACCGCAACCAAAUAUCGCCCAAUCCCUUAAACAGAGAACACCUUCCGUGUCCAACCCGACAGCAGAAACAGCACUGGACGAGGGCAACAACCAAUAAGCAAUUCGGACAGUAUUACAAUGGUACAACAACUAAGUAUAUAUAUAGACCCCAAGUAUAUAUAUACACUUUGAUAUACAAACCAAAGAGGACAUAUAGAUCUAUAUUCUAUAUUGUAUGUUUAGCCCUAACGACGAACCCCCCAAAAUGGCAAACCAAAGAGGAAAGAAAACCCAAAUAUAGUAUAUAUAUACAUGCAUACAUAUAAAGUAAAACAUUCAAAUGGGAUAUAAAUAUUUCAAGGUAGAUUUAAGCAAAGAAAAACAACUACAACUAAACCAAGAACAAGAACAACACACAAGAUAGUCAGAGAGUUCUCUCCACCAAUGUUCCAGAGGCAGCUGCAUUUUGGUUUUGCUUUCGAUUCUAGCUUAAACGAAACCCCACGGGAGUCUAUAUCUCAAUGAUCUCAGUAUAACUCUUAGAGAAACCAAAGCUCGUGGGAUUGUUUGAUUCGAUUUGCCAUCUUUAGUCUUUCUCUUCUUGCCUUUCUUGCUUCAUUUUGAUAGGACUUAGAUUAAUAGGUACUACAUAUAUAUAUUUAAUGUAUAGAUGUUUGAAUGAAUGAUUGAUGGAAGAUUGUUGAAUGAGUGCACGAGAUGAUAUAAUUCCCACAUUAAACCGUCCUGAAAAAACGUCCAUGCCAUCACGCGCAUGUUUGUUCAGCGUUUGUAUCUACAGAUAACUGAAUCUUAGACUUUACCAGUCUAUCACUGUAUGGGUGUACUACCAAGAUCGUUUUCAUUUAUCCUUUCUGGAACAUUGACGCGGCCGGAGGGCUCUCUUUCUGUCUCUAUAAAAAUGUAUAUACCUCUUAUUGUUAGAGACUAUGGAACAUACAUAUAUUUUAAGUACAUAUAUAUAUACACAGAAAUAUGCAUAGUUAUAUACAGACAUAUAUAUAGAGACAUAUAUAUAUAUAUAUAUGUAUGAACUAGUCUAAUGAAAACCGAAAGCUUUAAUAACUUAUAUAGAAAACUAUUUAAGAAACGUUUUAAAUACUAAUCGAUUCGGACAAAUGUUUUGAAAUAGAACAGGCAACCAUUUCUGAACACACACAUGCCUAAGACAUGCAUACAGCAUACAGACAUACAAACACACACACACACACACACACACAUAAACAUACACACAAACACAAACACACAUAUAUAUAUAUAAAUAUAUAGAGCUUAUAAUAUGCAUAGAUUAGCGAUUUACUUGUUGAAACAAAAGCCCCUCAGUUUGAGCUGUUAAGCCUAUCUAAGCGUUAGUCAAAACCUAUCUAACUAAAACAUAGACUAGAUGCCUAGUCCCCAAAAACUAUGCGAAUUUUACCACCACCCCCACCAAACCCUCUCCUUCGGUUUCGUUUGCCUUACCUCACGCUUGUCACCCGUUCCCGUUUCGUGCUCAAUCCAUUCAUCAUACACGAUCCCCCUUGAGAACUAUUUCGAUAUAAGAAUGGCAAACUCUAACACUUAAGUAGCUUAGUGCAGUUCUAGAUCAAUUUCGCCAACGAAACCGAAACUCAAGCCGUAAGCCUAAAGCUCUUUCUAUUUAUACUCUAAGCGGAAAAUCACACCAUAAGCAAAUCUAAACAAAGGAACCGAUAGUUGGGUUUCGUUUUGUUAACAAGUUGUGUUACUAUUUUUUGUUUUUGGUUAACCCAUCGAUCUACUUGUUGCUCUAACCUAAUGCUAAACUAAAGAACACUAACCGAGACAGUUGCAGUUGCAGUUGAAGGUCCUAGACUCAGUCCAAGCCAGUCACUCUACUCAGAGUAGCCAGCAAAAGUAUAUUCAGUAGAGAAGUUAACCCUAACAGCAGGCACCAAUAGAGCGUUACGUAGCGACAACUAACUUAGCAGCAAAAAGCCCAAACACGACGUAACUGUACUCACACAAUCUGUUCCCGAACUUAUCGCUAUCGCAAUCGCAAAAUCGCCAUGGCUGAAUGCUAUCGAUAACAUCGAUAGAUUUCUUAUUGUAAUUAGCGCACUAAGGCACACACACACACACGCACGCGCUCACACAGAUACACUAUCCAGACACGCACACGAACACACAAGCACACACAUGCAUACUCAAGACAUGCGUACUUCAACGAAAAACUAACUAUACGGAUACUUUAUCUACUUAUCUACUAUCUGUAGUUAGCCACAAAGCAAACACAAAACUGAAAUUCAAGGAACAAAUACUCACAAAAAUGGGUUCAAUAUAACAAAACAAAACAAAACAAAACAACAAGAACAACUAAAUGGGUCACAGCCAGCUAAGCAGUCCAACUUAAUCUAAUAAGACCAGCACAACA